GCCUCGUGUCACGCAACUCGUCUUCUCCCUAUCGGGUGCGCGCGAGUCCCGAUCCGGGAAAACGGAGAAAGGAUCCUGGGAGAGAGUUUUGAUCGACGGAAAAAGAACACGCUCGACCGCCGCCGUUGGGUACGCGAAACAUAAUCGGCCACCAUUAGCGGGCCGCCGCGAGCUUCCUGAAUUUCCCGCGGCCGAGGAACUCUCGGACGAAUAUCUGCGCGCGCGUCUCACGCAGAUCGGGCUCGAUUCGGUAAUCGUACGACGCAGGCCGUUCUGCGCCGAUUUCCGUUGGACGCUGCAAAGUCUACGCGACGCUUUCGGCGCGUUACGAGCGAACGUCGAUUUCCUCGAUCGUUUCCGUUGCAACAAACGGUGUUACGCGGUUUGUGCGGAACCGCCAUUAGCGGAUCGAAGACGAAACUUCUUCUUCUUCUUUUUUUUUUUUUCCACCGAGACUCCGAGGACAGAUACGAGUGCGCGUCGGUCGUGCAUGUGCGGCACGCUGCUCGCGAAUCGAACGACCAACGAGGUUAUAUACCGUGCGCGACGCGGUGGAACGUUUCGUGUCGCUUUCCUUUAUUAAUUCUCGGUAUUGUUUUUGGGUGCACUGUGUCUCGAAGGUGGCUGGCGAUCAUCGUGUGCGUGCGACCAGUUUGUUUACAUUCUCGGUGACUCGAAAGAAGUGCGUUGCGUACGUCCACGUUGGACAGACUCCGGGAAGAUCAAAGGAUAUACGGGGACUCUGUCGUUGUUGAGUGAGUGCACGGAAGAAAAAUCGGUGCUCCUAGGGGGGGGAUACUUCGUCCAGGACCAUCCGUAAUCGUUUACGUUUCUACGACCGUCGUAGGGGAACUGGAGUAGCGCGUAGGAUCAAAGAUAGAAACGUGUCUGGUGUGCAGAACAAGAAGGAGGCGAAAAGUGGGGACGUUUGGGAGGUGGUUUUGGAUGUUAGAAAGCGCGGGGGUGGCUAGAGAGGCCCCGCCGCAGGGUACGGGUCCCGAUGCCGGUCCCCGUAUCGCAAACCCUUACGCUAACCUCCACCCUCGUGCCCAAGGAGGAGUCAAACAUGCCCUUCAUAGACGACGAGCUACUUUGGUGCCCUGACAAUGACGGCAAAAUGGUCGACUUGACGCAGUGUCUUCAGGAGAGCAGCACAGGGCAGUCGGUCGAAUUUUCCCCGAUGGAAUUGAGCGCCCUGGUCGGUACGACAGCCACGCCAAAUAUGCCGGCGGAGGAGGGCGAAGGUAUGGCCGGUGUCACAGGGGAGGAACCCUUCGACACGCUAGACACGUUCCUCCGAGAACUGCAAGCCGACUUGGCCGAAGCCAGCCAGCCCACGUCGACCACUACUUCCGUAACCUCUUCGUGCAGACGGCAAAGGUACAACAUCGCUGCUGCCAAUCCCCUGUUAGCAGAAAAAUUAGCAGCUCCUUCGUCGCAAGCGUCGCCAACCUCCAUACCCUAUGCAACGAGGGCGGAAAUCAAGACGGAAAGUAUUCAGCCUGAGAUGAGCAAAGUGGACACCAGGGAGGUCCAACCGCACGAUGCGAACGAAAAGGAGCAACUCGGCCUCGCGAGCGUUAAGGCAGAGCCAGGAUCGACCGGGACGACGACGACCACCACCGGGACUCGUCUGUUGCACGGUAUCCUCUCCCAGCAUCCCCAGCAGCACGGUUUAGGGGUGCAGAACGGAUAUGGCCGCCACUUGGCCGGCCACGCUCAGAUGGGCCAACCGCCCUACACCACUGCCACCAUCGCCACCACGAGUACGCCAGGAAGCGGAUCACUGCCAGCGAGUCCCGCGGACAGCGGAGUCAGCGACGUCGAGUCCAGCACGUCCUCGGGCGGUAACGAGGACGCGAAUCUCUUGCUGAAGGCCAGGCUCAACCCCAACACGUCCCUUCAACCGAGCCUGGCGUCCCAUCAUUCUCAUUUGUCGUCAGCAGCACUCGGCAGGUCAGCCUGUCACAGUCCUGGCGUUUAUCCGUCGACGGCGGGCUUCCUGCCGCCCUCCUAUCACCCUCACCAACAUCAUCCCUCCCAGUACCAUCCGCACAGAGGGAGCUCGCCCCAUCACCAACACGGGAACCACGCGAUGGGACCGACAAUGGGACCGCCCCAUCACCAUCACCACCAUCAAACGCAGAGUCUACAGCACCUACAUUAUCGUCAACCUCCAACACUGUCCGAGAGCUACAGCAGUUACGUGAAUUCGAUGUACGCGAGCGGGGGACAAUUCGCUACCCCCUGCACCCCGAGCCCCCCGAGAGGACACGGCGGCGUCCCGACGAGCGUGAUCCAAGCAGCCACCAGCUCGGUAUCCGACGAUCUGUACCUGCUUGAGUUGGGCUUCCCUCCGCGAUCGAAGAAGAACAAGUUGAAGAAACCCCGUCAAGGUGACGGAGCAGCAGUGAAGAGGAAAUCUCGCGAGGGCUCGACCACGUACCUAUGGGAGUUUCUGUUAAAGUUGUUGCAAGACCGGGAGUACUGCCCACGGUACAUCAAGUGGACGAAUCGCGAACGGGGAGUGUUCAAGCUGGUCGACAGCAAGGCGGUGUCCCGUCUGUGGGGUCUGCACAAGAACAAGCCGGACAUGAAUUACGAGACCAUGGGCCGUGCUCUGCGUUACUAUUACCAGCGCGGCAUUCUAGCGAAAGUCGACGGUCAGAGGUUGGUCUAUCAGUUUGUGGACGUGCCGAAGGAUAUUAUAGAAAUCGACUGUACCGGCGCGUGAGACAGGGCUAGGCCCACGAGGGAGCAGCACGAGAGAGUUCGAGCCGUACGGGAAAAGAGUCGUUCGCGUAUUCGCACAGCGAUCGUUCGCAAGAUGACACCGUCGAGCAGCUCUUCCUGCCACAACGUCCCGACUUGGCACACCCCUCAGACGAUCUGAAAAAACCAUACGCCCUCUCUCUGACUUCGUUUGUUCCUUGUAUUAUAUAUGUAUACCUAUAGAGAUGUAUAUUAACGAAGUAUGCGCGAGUACAGACGCUGCCGCGAGAGGAUGAAUGUUUGUUUUAUCGACGCGUCGGUUGCGCCACGGUGCACGGGGCACGCCAUUGUUGCCCGUGCGCCGCAAAAUUUCGUCCUCUGGUCUUUCUAUACAUUAUUAUGUUUUUUGUUACUUUUUGACGAUUGAUACGUCGAUAGUAAUCGUACUAAGCUUUACAACGUUUAUAUAUAUAGAGAAGUAUAUAUAUAUGUGUAAGUAUAUAUAUAUGCGUUGAGCUCGUUCAAAUUUGUACAAAAUUUAGUUCUUAAAGGAUAAAAGGGAUGCUACGGCACAAGUGUUAUUAAAUGUAUUUUAAUCAAGAGAGAAAAAGAUGAAUCUAGUAUGGACAAAUUUACUUAAACGUAAAGUAUAGUCGGAAGUAUAGGCGAACAAUUGUACAUUCGAGAGCGCGAUAAAUUAUUUAUUGUAUAUUAGACGAUUAUAUAUGUUACCUAGAGAAAGAAAAAUGAAAAAAGAUGAAAAUUGUUAUGUAACGUGUCGACGAAAGGGAAAUAUGAGAAAAAGGGGAAACGAGACACACAUACGUACACACACGCGACGUGGAAAGUUUUUAAAAAUGACGAGGAAGAAGUUGAGGAAAAAAAAAGAAAAAAAAAUGAAACAUAAUGAAACGAAAUGAGGGCUGUGAAAAGAUUCAGAAACGGAUGAACGGAUAGAGCGGAAACGAACGACGUUUAACAAAGUUUCGUGGAGCGAGCUCAGGGAGGGGUACACACACACACAAUACACACACGGACACACGCGCGCACGUACACCACUCGUGAACACAUACACACUAUAUUUUUUUAAAUAUAAGCGAAAAGGGCGACUCUUCUAUUUGAGCUGAGGGUUCAACAACGUAAGGUGCUGGCUAUACACACGAGGUCCAAGAAUGUUAUUUAGCAAGCUAGUGUUACUAAUUCAUAAAAAAAAAAAAAGAUUAUUGAAACAGACAUUAUAUAUCUCUGUAUAUAUAAAAUACACCUUUAGUAUAUAUUAUUGAAUAUUAUAUAUAUAUUAUAUGAAUAUAUAUUGUAUGUUAUGUAGUAAAUGGAGCGAGUUAAUGUGUCUCUAUGAGAUUUUUCCGUCACGUCGGUGUUUUGAGGAAGUUGCGUGCAACCGUUCUACGUACGAUGUCUCUGUUCCGUUACUACAAGAAACGAACCAACGUUUAGAUGCAUAAUCGUUUCACUUUCCUUGUUUUUCGUCGUCUACACCCAUACGGUCGAGAUCGAACUUGUCAUUUCGUCAAUUCGAAUCUCGCCCGCCCUGUAACGCACACUUUUAUGCUCGUACGAGAACUCGUCAUGCUCACAGGGAUCAGAGACAUCGUACCUUUAACCCAUUUAUGCCCAGAAAGAACGAGGACGAUUCGGAACCGCUUGUAAUCGAUACAACGAGUCGCGAGUUAAAAUCAUUUUUGAAAAUUUUAUCCGCUCGACGGGAGUAUUUUUUAUCACGCGACCGAUCCGCGCGUAAAUGGGUUAAGUCGGUCCUGUCUACGGGCGAGGCUCCUCGACGCGGUUCCGUCUCCCCCCCCUGUUCGUUUGUUUGCGUUUGCGGUUACGUCGGGCACCGAUUCGCGCGUCGGUGGUAACGGGGACACGAGUGCGGUAAAAAAAACUGUUUUUUUUUUUUUGCUAUCGCGAGCGACUCCGGACAGGACUGUAUUUCCGAGCGUAAUGUGACCAGAUCUGUGAAAUUCCAAUGUCGCACCAGCCGAAGCGUUACGAAGUACCAACAGAGUGGGACAACUACGAGCAAUACUAAUUCGGGUCAGCGUGCAUGCGUCCAACUGCCAAAUAUUUAAAAUCCGGGACACUUUACGGGUAAAAUUUUAAUCACAGGGCGGAGAUAGCGUGAAACCCUGGACGUCUCUGGUCACAUUAUUCGAGCGUAGAGUUUAGCCUAACCCGGGCACGUGGGGCGUUCGAACGCGAUAAGUUAGAGCGAAGUUUAAUUUAUUGUACGCCACCCCUCACCCCCCACACCCACUCCCCAUCUCCGCCGCCCGAGAGGACGUGACGUGCGAGUGCAAGCGUAUCCUGUAGAUAAUAAGUUUUUGUACAUAAAAAAAAAGAUGAAGAUUCGUUGAGAACAUACUUAGAAAGAACAUUACGCUGGUUAACUGUUCGUAACUGUGGAGAGACGAGAGUAACGAGAGAGAGAGAGAGAGAGUGAGAGAGAGAGAAACGCCGGAGGGAAAGGAUGAGAGGAGAAUGGGAGAGUUUGCUCUCUGAUCGCAGUUCUUUGAUCACCUCAAAACGAAUUUCGAUGAAGAAAGGAAACACAGUGAAUAAUAAUAAUAAUAAUGAUAAAUAAUAACAAUAUGAAAAAAAAAAAAGAAAACGAUCAAGUGCUGCCAAUAAAUGCCUGUAAACGGUCCCUUGCAUUUUCUGCCACUAAAAAGAGAAAUGAAACAUGUAAGCGUAAGCAAACAGAGCGCGUUGUUCGAAUCAAGAGAAAUGCGAUGGGACGCCAGACAUACCGAUGAUACAAAGCGAAUUGCCUUCUCGUAAUUAACAAAGACGUGUUGCCUUCUAACAAAGAAAACAUAUUAAAAAGAAAAAAAAGUUCUAGCAAUUUGUAUCGUAAAAUACCAUCGACUUUGUCCAGAGUACUUAAAAAGAAACCUCACACAUCCCGUGUAUAUCCCCUUUGUCAGCAUAGCGAUUUUGUAACUUUUGUCAAGAGUAACGAA